CAGCCACCGAAGAGGGAGGGGGAUUAGGUUUAGAAGAGAUAGAGCGAGAAAGAAAGAAAGAAAGAGGAGAGACGAAGACUAUCUUACUAAGUUUGACCGAUUAGUUUUCUAGAUCUAGGGUUUCGUCUCUUUUCGUCUCAAUUCGUUCAUCAUCAACCCAAGAUUCGAAGCUUUUCUUUAAAAGAAUUGAAGAAGCGAUUCGGCAAAGUACCCUAAUUUUCUCUCUCCCUCACAAUCGGAUCAAUUUCUUUUGAAAAAUUUGCCAAAAAUCGAACGAACCCAACAACUAAAGUUGAUUGAUUGAUUGAUUGAUUCAUGAGAACUACUACUACCCAUGAAUGAAUCUUGUAUAUGUUGACGAACUUGCAACAAGAAAUUGAGAAAGAAAGUUCCUUUUACAAUGUAUAAAUCAGUUGUAUAUCAUGUGGAUAAACUUAUUGGAGAAGUAGAAGUUUAUCCUCAGAAUCAGAUUCGUAAUGGAAUCGUUGUUGUUGGCGAGCAAAUUCGGAUCUCUCACUUCUCUCAACCGAGCGAGAGAUGUUCCCCACUUUCAGUUCUUCAUACAAUUGCACUUUCUGGAGUUUGCUUCAAAAUGGAGUCCAAGAUUCACUCACCCGACUCGUUGCUGAACCUUCUGCACUUUUCAUGUUUCAGAGAGAAAAAGACUGCAGUAGUGUCACUUGGAAUGGAGGAGCUACACUUGGUUGCUAUGCCAUCAUGUAGAAACGAAGAAAACUACCCUUGUUUUUGGGCUUUUCUUACACCUUCAGGGCUUUAUAAUUCAUGCCUUGUAAUGCUAAAUCUUAGAUGUCUUGGAUUGGUUUUUGAUCUCGAUGAAACACUCGUAGUUGCAAAUACAAUGAGAUCAUUCGACGAUAGAAUUGAGGCUUUGCAGCGAAAGAAAAACACUGAAACAAGUCCAUUGAGGAUUGCUGCUAUGCUUGCUGAGAUUAAACGUUAUCAGGAUGAUAAGAUUAUUUUGAGACAAUAUGCUGAAACUGAUCAGAUACUUGACAAUGGAAAGGUUAUUAAAUCUCAGCCUGAAGUUGUACCGGCUUUAUCGGAGACUUAUCCGUCUAUGGUGCGCCCACUCAUUCGAUUAUACGAUAAAAACAUUAUCCUGACUCGCAUCCAUCCACUGAUUCGAGAUACGAGUGUUCUUGUUAGACUAAGACCUGCAUGGGAGGAACUCAGAACCUACUUGACUGCUAAGGGUCGAAAACGUUUUGAGGUGUAUGUUUGCACCAUGGCUGAACGAGAUUAUGCUCUGGAAAUGUGGAGGCUUCUUGAUCCUGAACUUAAUUUGAUAAACUCUAGACAGCUGUUGGAUCGUGUUGUAUGCGUAAAAUCUGGUUUAAAGAAGUCUUUGUUUAAUGUGUUCAAAUCUGGAAGCUGUCAUCCUAAGAUGGCUUUGGUGAUUGACGAUCGCCUGAAAGUAUGGGAGGAAGAAGAUCAACCGCGAGUGCAUGUUGUGCCAGCGUUUGCUCCAUAUGUAUCACCUCAGGCUGAGGAAAACAAUGAAGUUCCCAUCCUUUGUUUUGCACGAAAUGUUGCCUGCAAUGUUCGUGGUGGUUUUUUCAAAGAAUUUGAUGACAGCGUCUUACAACGAAUUUCUGAGGUUAUGUAUGAGGAUGAUUACAAAGACAUUCCAGCUUCACUUGACGUGAGCAGUUUUUUGGUAUCUGAGGAUGAUCCUUCAACUUUGAUCGCAAAUAAGGAUCCUAAUAGAAUAAAUGGCAUAGCGGGUUCUGAAAUAGUUGGAAGAUUGAAGGAUGCAAUUUCAGAUCCAAGGCUUACUGCUUUCCCGAAUGCAUUUCCACCACCACCACCUCCACCUUCUAUACCCAUUCAAAACAAACAGUUAACUCAAGUAACUUCAGUAAUAAGACCCUUGAGUCAAAUUGGUCUUCCAGAAAGUUCUCCUGCUAGGGAAGAAGGAGAGGUGCCAGAAUCCGAGCUGGAUCCUGAUACAAGGCGGCGACUCCUUAUUCUGCAACAUGGGAAAGACUGGAGAGACCCGUCACAAUCCGAAACCCUAAGAACCCCUCCUGUACCAAUUUCUCAACCACAGGUGCAGCCACGUAAAAGCUGGUUUGCCAUGGAGGAAGAGACUAACCCAAGAUUGAUGAAUAGAGUGGGGACCCAAAAGGAGUUUCCUGUAAACUCUGAACCAGUUUACAGACUGCCACCACCCCCUCCUCCCCCGCCUCCACCCCCUAUUCCAUCUGACAGAUUUCUUGAGAAUCAAAGAUUUCCAAGAGAGGCACAAAGAGAAGAUCGUUCUAGAGCAAACUAUGAUCAUCCUGGAUACGAUUCUUUCCCAGGUGACGAGGUUCCAUUCCGCCGCUCUUUAUCAAACAGAGAUCUUGAAGAAAAUCAAGGACGGAAUGAUCUUUUUGAUGAAACUCCUGUAGGAGCAUUACAGGGUAUUGCUUACAAGUGUGGCGCUAAGGUUGAGUUCCGCCCAUCUUUGGUUUCAAGCUUGGAAUUACAGUUCUCCAUUGAGGUUUUGUUUGCAGGAGAGAAAAUAGGUGAAGGAAUUGGUAAGACAAGAAAAGAGGCCCUUUUUCAAGCUGCUGAAGUGUCCCUCAUGAACUUGGCUGAUCAAUAUCUAUCGAGUUCUAACCCUGAUUCUAGCUUUGUACAUGCUGAGGGAAGUAAAUUUCCUAGUGGCAACAAUAACAGUUUUGUUGGUAACCUAAACUCUUAUAGACAUGUAGACGAUUCUAUAAUGGAUCCUUCCCGAAUAAUGGAAUCUAGACUCGAUGGAUCGAAGAAACCGAUGGGCUCUGUGUCUGCUCAUCCCAGAGAAAUGUUUAUGGACGGUUUUGAUGCAUAUUACCGAGCUCAGCCUGCAGCACCAUCAAGCGGCCAUCUCCAUAGAAACAAUGCAUAUGCUCAGGUUGAAGAAGGUGACCAGGAUUCAUGGGAUGAGGCCCUGGUCAUGCAGCCCAAGGAGAAAGCUAAUGGGAGUUUAAAAACACCGGUUGGUCAGUUUCCUCAUAAACGUCGUUCUCCCAGGUCAUUUCAAAGAAUGCCAGGGAAGCGAUUCAAACAGGAGUAUCCGCGAUCUUCGCAGCAACAGCAGCAGCAGCAGCGAAUGUCAUCUAAUAAUAGAUACACAAAGAAUGUGCCCUGAAAAUUUAGGUUUCAUGAUUCUAUUUUCCAAACCGGGUUCAUCAAGGAGAAAUGGUUAACUUCUCCAGCAACAGUCUGAAACCUUUGAAAAAGGCUUACUGGUUUUUAGCUUUCACAAAAUUCUACACCUCCUUGAAAAAAAAACUUGAACCCCGAGGAAUGAUCACAUCACUCUUGGGAUGGUUUUGCUUCGAAUACUUUGUCUCCUCCCCCCUGAGAUGUUCAGACAGUUUACCCGUAUAAACGAUACUGGACUUGUCCUUCCGAGGUUUGCUUCAGGCCCCUGACUGUACAGUUUUACCCGACCAUGGGUGUGUACACAAUUGUGGCUGACUGACUGGUUUGGCUGGUGGUUAUUGACAGAGAUUACAUAUGGGUUAGACUCAAAUGGUUUUACCUUUUUCUUGUGGGAGGUUUACAUUAUUGAUCUUGCUAAAUGAACUCACCUUUUCUCAAAUUUUAGUGUUUUAUAUCUAACUGUUGAUACAUUUUUCUUUUUUCUAACUAAAGUUUUGUUCUAUUUUAUU